CAUCGCUUUCUCUGUCCACUCCCAGAAUAAAACCCUAGCUUUCUCCUUUUUCUCCCUGAACGCUAAAUUUCGAAAUCGGACGACAAUGUCGACGCCGGAAGAAGCCGGAGUGACCGCUAAUGCCACCGCAUCUUCGUACGGCGGUAGAGGAGUCGGAGGGAAGUUCCGGAAGAAGCCUUUUCGUCGACAAGCGACGCCGUACGACCGCCCUCCCACCGCCUUUCGUGAUAACAACACUAAUAGCAACGGUAGUGGCAGCUGGUUAACGAAGCUGGUCGUGGAGCCCGCCUCUAAGCUCAUAUCAUAUGGUGCUGACCGCUUUUUCGGUUCUGUCUUUCGUAGACGCCUCCCUCCGCUGCCCCCUCCUCAGCCACCAGAGUCAAAUGCUCAAGAUGGUUUACCAGAGUCAAAUUCUCAAGAUGGUUUAUCAGAGUCAAAUUCCCAAGAGAGUGAUGGGGAUCAAGGGACAUGUCUUAAUAGUCAUAGAGAUGAACAAGAGCCCAGAAUUGGUCAGUGCAGCCAGCCAAUAAAUAAUUCUAGCAGCCAUGGAGUCACAGUCACUGAGCUUGAGCAUUUGUUGAAGCAAAAGACCUUCACUAGGUCUGAGAUUUCCUAUCUGGCAGAACUUUUGCAGUCACGAGCUGCAGAAGUGUCUCCUGGGGAUGCAAGCCAAAUCAAUGUAGUGUCUGUUUUAGAUUCUAGCAGGCAAAAAGAAUUUGGAAGCGGUAUAUCAGAAGGAAACAAGAAUGAUGGGAUUGAGUCAUCGGCUAUAGUACUUACUCCUAUAAACAAUUCAAAAGUGCUUGAGAAUGAUAUUGUUUCUCCAGCUGAACUUGCUAAGUCUUACAUGGGAAGUAGGACGUCACAAGUUUCUCCAUCAUUGCUAGGAAUGUGCAAUCAACUUGGUAACGAUGGCACACGGUGGCUUGCUGAUACACUUAAUCCUCCAAAGUCACCUAUUGUGUCACUGGCUAGGAGAAGUUCUGUUGGCUUGAGUGCUGCAGAAAAUGUUUAUAUAACCCCACGACCCCGAGGCAGAUCGGCUAUCUACACCAUGGCUCGCACUCCAUACUCAAGAGUUAAUCCAACUUCUAUAUCGAAGAGAAGUGGAAUCAACAGUAGUGGUUUUGCUGGGCCAUCAACAUCAACGUCAUCCCUUUCUCCACUGGAGAAUGAUGGAAAAUUUGACUUGCAGCUGGGGACCUUAAAGCGUAGAAGUUCAGUGUUGGAUGCUGAGAUUGGCUCUGUUGGUCCUAUUCGCAGAAUCAGACAGAAAUCCGAUUUAUUGGCAUCUAGAUUUCAUCACAAUGCUCAUGGAGUGGGAGUUGGCUCGCAUGCAAAGCAGAAGCCUCAAAUGAAUGGGGAAGAAAGGAACAAGACCUUGAAAAAUAGUGGAGAAAAUGAGAAUGAGAGUGUCCCAAGAACCAGUUAUGCUCAUAUUCCUUCCAAGUCUAAAGAAGUUGCUGCCAAAAUAUUGCAGCAACUUGAAAAGAUCAGCCCAAAGGAAAAAUCUCCAGUGUCAAAGUUAGUGGCAAUGCAGGAGAACUCAUCUUUAAAGUUGUUCUCGUGUAGGCUCCCCGGACAGGCCCUCUGCAGCAUGGAGGAUGUAGGCACUUCAAAGUUGCUAUUGAACGCCCAGGAUGAUCUUAAGUCUGUGAAUCAGAACACACUGCCUGAUGUUCACGAGUCUUCUCCCCGACAGCAAGGGAAAACAGAAGGGAAUAAUCCCAAUGAUUCCUUUAUUCCUUCUGGCAGAUGGAACUCUGUUCUGAACAAUGAUUCUGCAGUGUCCUUGAAGGCUUCUACUUCUGGCCUUGGAGCUGGUGAUUCUGUUAUGAAGAAUGGAUCAUCCCUACCUCAAAAGAAGAGAGCUUUAAGGAUGAGGACAGAAGAGGGUUCCUUGGAGCUUGCUGAUGCAGAGCGCAAUGGACCUUCAUCAAAGUCUUUAUCCAAUAAUAAUAAAGGGCCUUUUGAGUACUUGCACACCAAACCUGCUGGAGAUGCCAAAACAACUCUCCAGUCGGAAGAUAACUCAUCUACGGGACUUAGUUCGAGGAGUACAAGCGAACUUACCUCUGGGGCAGUCACAUUUGAAAAGGGGACUGGUGUCAUUGCCAUCCCUGCAUCAGAAGGAAAAAAUGCUGCUACUUCACAAUCUCAAAUUCUUGCUUCAUCAGUUCCUGCAUUUGAUAAGGCUAAGGAAGCGAAUAGUUCUAAUUUGUUCAGCUUCAGCUCUAAAGCUGCUGAUAAUUCUCCUUCAUUUCCUUCUGGAUCCACCAAAAGGGCUGAAUCCGCUGAAAGAUCAAGCAGCUUGGCCAAUACUUUGAUAUCAGUUGGCUCUGAAGUCAGAACUUUUGAUUCAGAGACAGGAUUUCAUAUGAAGCCUGGAAAAGUGGUAGAUACUAAUGGAAAAUGUGAUGAUGGUUCUUCUGUGGCAUUAACUGGGCCACUUGUUUCAAGAUCUUCUCCACUAUCUUUUCCUGCAGCUUCUUUUGGUGAUAUGCAUUCGACAUCCACGGGUAGUGCUCCCCUGUUUACCUCUUUGACCAGUUCUGCUAACUUUCUCUCCACUGGUGGCAGUACCAGCAAAGCAGUCCCCUCUAGUGGAAGCAUUUUUGGAGGUGCAGAAAAAUCUCUAGGUUCUGGUGGACCUCUUUUCAAAUUUGUUUCUUCCGUAGAUCCGCCAACUACAGUAUCAGUAGCACCAGAAACUAGCGUCUCAGAGACAGCAGAUCAGAGAGCCAAAAUAGACAUAAAUCCAAGUUCUGGCACCUCAAGUAACUCAUAUUCUACUGUUGCAGCAGCAACAACUGGCUCUACUAAUAGCAUUUUUAAGCUUGGUUCUUCUUUAAGUAAUUCAAUGGGAAGCAGUCUUCAAAAUUCCAACUUUGCUAUUGCCACCAAAUCUCCAGUUUUUGGUGCUGGUACCAUCUCACAGGGCACAUCACCAGAGUCUGUUCCAUCUGCAUUAGUUCCAGCACAUAACAUGAAUACUGACUCUUAUCUUGGUUCAGUGCCAACUCCGAGCAUCAGUAUUGGUUUUAGUUCAUCGACUUCCACAUCAAAUACCACCUCUCUUGUCCCUGAUGUUGGGCCAACACCGAGUUUAUUCAAAUUCGGUGCAACUUCGGCUGCUGUUUCAGAAGGAUCUACUGUUAGCUCCAGUGCUAGUGCAACUUCUAGCCCAUUCAGUUUUGGUUCAUCUUCUUCAACCACUACAGUCUGUUCAAACAGUGCUACUGCCCCACCAGUAUUCGGUUUUGGUGGUACCACAGUUUCUUCAGAAGCGAUUAAUACAACUAGCUCCACUAGUAUGGCUUCUAAUGUCUUUGGUUCUGGUUGGCAAAGCAAAAAUUCCCCAUUAUUUGGUUCUCCACCUUCUGCCUCUCCCCAGUCCUCAGGAUUUUUAUUCUCUGCUUCUGCAAAUGCUGCACCACCCAUGGCUUUCAAUUCAUCCAGUGGUACCUCGUCGGGUCUGAUUUUCUCAUUCACUAGUGCAUCUGCUUCCCCGUCUCCGCCUGUGCUUGGUAAGUCGCCAGUUGGUGGUGGUUUUGCAGCCUCUCCUGGGAAUAACGAUAAGAUGAAUGCAGAAGACAGCAUGGCUGAGGAUCCAGUGCCGUCAUCUUCACCUACUCCUGUAUUUGGCCAAGCAUCUGCUUCCCCUGCCACACCUACCUUUGCAUUUGGAUCAGUUGCUCCACCACAAAACAAUCUGUUCAUGUUCAACAGCCAGCAAAAUCAAGUACCCUUACAGAGCCCUUCUUCCUUCCAGGCAUCAGGCAGUCUAGAAUUCAAUGCUGGAGGCAGCUUUUCACUGGGAAGCGCGGGAGGUGACAAGUCAAAGCGGAAGAUUGUGAAAGUUAGUAGAUUGAAGAAUCGGAAGAAGUGAAGAUGUAAACAAUGGUAUUAAUGAGGUUAGUGGUUGGAUUUUAUUAAAUCCCCAGUCAAUAUAAUGAGUCAAUCAGCUGGUAAUAGAUCUGUUUUUUUCUUGUUAGUAGUAUAGCAAAAUUUUGAUAGGCAAAUAGUGUUACAGUUUGUCCGUUGUAGGAAUAGUGGUGGUAAGCUUUCAUGUGUUGAGCCUUGUAAUUGUGUAAUUGACUUGGCUUCGAGUGUACCAUAAUGGAAAAAUACUCAGUUGUCAGCCUAUAAGCCAAACCCUUCCCAUGUUCUAUAUUUUGUGGAUGUGACAGUAAAUACUUACCCAAAUUGGAAUAUACCGUAUAUGUUUCAUAUUCUUCUUCA